CCUACACUGAAAGAAAUAUUAAAAGGAGUUCCUCAAGCAGAAGGAAAACGAUUCCAGAUGGAAACAUGGAAAUGCAGAAAAGAAAUGAAGAGCCAUGGAAAGGGUAAUAUAAAUGAAUGUUGAUUCUACAAAACAAUAAUAAAAAUACCUUGAGAAGUGUAAAAAUGAAACUAGAAUCAAAUUCAUAACAUCAAUAAAAAAUUGGGAAAGAAGUAAUUUGUGUUAAAGCACUCUAGGGUCCUAGUAUUUCUUGGGAGUGGUAAAGUGCUAAGAUAUAUUAGAGAACAUGAAGUCAAGGAUACUAUUUUAAUCUUAGAAUAAUCACUAAAGCAAUAGUAAAAUAAUGGUGAGCUGGUUGACAUAGAGAACAUGCUAACCAAUAAUGAGAAUACACAUUUUUUUCUAGGGGAUUUGAAAUGCCUAGUAAAAUUGAUUACAUUCUAGGCUAUAAAGCAAGUUUUAAUAUAUUUUAAGGGAUUGAAAUAAUUCAAAGUAUUUUUACCAACCGCAGUGGACUUAAGAUAGAUAUCAGCAAUGAAAAGAUAAUUUAAUAAUUCAAAUAUUUGAGAGUUAAACAAUACACUUCUAGAUAACCCCUUGCCCCAAAAUAGAAAUUAAAAAUAUUUUAAGUGGAUAAAAUAAAAACAAGAUACAGUUGAACCUCAUUAUUCAUAAUUGUAUUGAAAAUUCACCUAUUGGCUAAAAUUUAUUUGUAACUCCAGAAUCAAUACUUGGGAUGCUUUUGUAGUCAUGUGAGGAUGCAUGCAGAGCAGUGAAACAUUUGUCUCUCAACAAGCACUUUCCCAGUUGAGGUUGAACACGAUAAUGCUCCCCUUCUCAGUUCAGCCCUCAUUCUGUAAAUAGUUGUCCUUUUUGCCAUCAAGUUAGUGCCAUAUUUUUUUUUCUUUUUCAUUUUUGUGCUUUUUGUUGGUGAUUUCACUAUUUACAAUGGUCCACAAGCAUGGGGCUGAAGUGCUGUCUAGUGUUCCUAAAUGAAAGACAACUAUGAUAUGCCUUAUGGAGGAAAUAUGUGUGUUACAGAAGCUUUGUUCAGGUGUGAGUGAGUUCUAGUGCUGUUGGCCGUGAGUUCAAUGUUAAUGAAUUAACAAUAUAUGUUAAAUAAGGUGUCCUUAAACAGAAACACACAUAAAGCAAGGUCAUGUAUCGAUUGGUUGAUAAAGACUCUGUGACUAGAGGAUCAUGGGAACCUAACCCUGUAUUUCUUCUAGGAGUAAUGGCUCAAUAUUCAUUAAUUCAGUGUUCUUGGAAAUUUUAUAGAACAUAUCUACCACAAAUAAUGACAAUCAACCUAUAUCAAAACUUGCAGGAUUUAAUUAAUAUUGUGCCUAUAAAGAACUUUAUAACCUUAAAUGCACAUAUUGGUAAAGGAGAAAGGAUGAAAAUCAAUGAGCAAACUGUCUAUCUCAAAAAGUGAGAUAAAAAAGAGCAAACCGAGGGGCCGUCCUGAUGGCAUAGCCGUUAAGUUCACGUGCUCCGCUUUGGCGGCCCAGGGUUCACAGGUUCGGAUCCCGGCAUGGACCAUUGCACUGCUGUCAAGCCAUGCUGUGGCGAUGUCCCAUGUAAAGUGGAGGAAGAUGGGCAAGGAUGUUAACCCAGGGCCAAUCUUCCUCAGCAAAAAGAGGAGGAUUGGCAACAGAGGUUAGCUCAGGGAUAAUCUUCCUCACACAUGCACAAAAAAUAAAAAUAAAUAAAUAAAACAGCAAAUUGAACCCCCCAAAAAACAAAGAGGAAAAUUUAAAGAUCAGAAAUUAAGACGAUAAAAAAGAUAUGCAAUAGAGAGAAUUAACCAAAGAAAAAACUGGUUCUUUGAAAAAAUAAAUGAAAUGGAAAAAUUAAUAAAUCUACUAAAGCUCAGUAUAAGCAAACCCUAUCACUCAGCAGUUCCCCUCCCUCAGUAUACACUCAACAGAAAGGUGUACAUAUGUUCACCAAAAAAACUUGCACACAAGUGUUCAUAGCUGCUUUUUCCUAAUAGCCAGAAAAUAGAAGCAACCCAAAUGCCCAUUAAUAGCAGACAAAUACCCAGAUAAAUAAUGGAUAAGUAAAUCUACUCAGCAAUAAACAUUAACAAACUACUGCUAUGCCUAACAACACAGAUAACUCACAGACAUUGUGUUGAGAGACAGAAUCCAGACACAAAAGAUAGCAUGUUGUAUAAUUCUAUCUAUAUACAGUCCAAGACUAGCCAAAAAUAAUUUCUGGGGUCACAAGUUAGGACAGUGAUUAUACUUGGGGGUAAUGAGUGUGACAGGGCACAAGGAGGACAUAUAUGUUUUAUAUCUUGAUCUGGGCACUUGUUAUACUGCGUGUCAAAUUUUAAAACAUUUGUUCACUUAUGAUUUAUGCACAUUUCUUUAAGUUAUAUUUUACUAAAAAGUCUCCUUACAGAAGUUUAUAAACAAGAAAGAGAUAAAUCUGCUAAGAUGCUACUGUUAGUGAAGAGUCUCCUGGCUACUAAUAUUCCAGUGGGAGCACCUUUUUCAGCCAGAGUUUAUAUAAGAACUACAUAUUUUUCAUGUCCAUUUUUUAAUAACAUCGAGUUUGGGGAGCAGCUUUUGUAACAGCAACUUCUUGAAAUAUCUCAAAAAGUUCUAGAGUAGCUGGAGUUGUAGCCAAAUUAGUAAUGGCACUGCAACAAACCUGUAAUUUCCAGAGCAGAGGAGAAAGAUUUCUCUUGGGUCAUUCAUGCGGCAAAGGGCCACCAGUGAGUGAGGGAGGAUGGAGACAGAGGCAGCUGCUGUGAGGGAGUUGAGUCUGUUGAGUCUGUUCACUCUUAUUUUUAGUUUAAUCAUCACUCUACUACAGAGUCAUUUUCUGACUCCUCCACACGAGGUUAGAUUUCUCAUUCUUGAUGUUGUCACAAUGACUUUUCUGUAUGUGUCUUAUAGGUCAAUGAUAAAACAGACUACUCAAGCAUGCUGAGACUUAAGAAGUCUUUAGAUAAAGACACUGCUUGUACCUCUUGAAAAUGUUUUUUUGAAGGAGAGUGAGCUCUUGGGAAUGAAUUUUGAGAUUAGAGUUGCCGUUCUUUUUAUUUGUCUAAUAGUCACUUCCUCUGAGAACCAUCUCAUUCCUCUCAAUAAAUUCUUAUUUUCUUUGCUUAAAUUAACAAGCAUUUUUUUGUCUUACAACAAAAGUACUAUUAGCGAAUUAGCUUCAAUGUCUACUAAAAAAUCCUUACAAACACCAGUCUAUUCUUUUAGCUUAUGACUCUGUGGCCGUUUGCUUCACAGUGUUUCUCUUUCACUCCUACUCAUAUGUGGCUUAAAAGUUUGACAUUUUUGGUUAUUGAGGAAGUCUUAAAGAAAAUUUUGCUGGUUUUUCUUUUUCAGAUCGUUCUUGGAGUUGAGAAUUCUUGUUGACUGUGGUUUCACUUGCUCAUGAAAACUGAAGGCAAAAUGUAUAAUACUAACAAUGUGGAACAAGAUUUCAUACCAGGUGAAUUUCUGGCAAAUCGAGGUUAUCUGCCUUCAAAAAAGCAUUCCAGUAAAGUUAUCCCAAAUCUGCUCUUGGUUUUGGUCAUGUGUCUAAUAAUAGCGUGUGGAGCGACUACUGCUUUGUUAGUAACUAGAACUAUAUGCAAUGAAAAGCCAUCAGAAUGUCUUGAAGCUGCUUGCCCAGAAAGCUGGAUUGGUUUCCAAAGAAAAUGUUUCUACUUCUCUGAUGACACCAAGAAUUGGACAUUCAGCCAGAGGUUUUGUGACUCACAAGGUGCAAAUCUUGUUCAGGUUGAAACUCUCCAGGAAUUGGAGUUUCUAUUGAGGUAUAAAGGCCCCUCUGACCACUGGAUUGGGUUGAGCAGAGAACAAGGCCAAUCUUGGAAAUGGACAGAUGGCACUGAAUGGACCAGAUGUUUUCCAAUCACAGGAGGAGGGGAGUGUGCCUAUUUGAAUGAUAAAGGUGCCAGUAGUGCCAGGCGCUACACGGAGAGGAAGUGGAUUUGUUCCAAACCGGACACCUAUGCCCAGAUGAGGAGUCAAAGCCCUAACUGAUAUAUGUAUAUGUAUAUGUAUAUAUGUGUGUAUAUAUAUAUAUACAUAUAUAUAUAUAUGUAUAUAUAUAUAUAAUUUAUAUACGAGGGAGGGGAGACAAGAAGAAGACUUGUAUUUCACUGAAGUGGAAUCAAAAGAUUGUACAAUGAAAUAUUAUUCACAAAAUUAUUUCUAGUAUAAUUCUGAGUAAACACCUUGACAGGCAAUAAACAUCAAAUAUGUUACAGUUACCUCUUGUUCCUUAGGGUUAAUUCCAAUUACGUAAAAGAGAAUUGGCAUUCUGUUUUCAGUAAUUGCUCUUUUGAAAUUAGUGUUUUACCACAAUAUGUGUGAAAAUACUUUUAAAACUGUAAAGUGGCAUAUUAUUAAAAUAUACCUAAAUCAAACUAAAACAUAAUUCAUUUUCUACUUUGUAGUAUGUAGAAUCAGAUUGACAUAUGAAAUGUGAUAUUUUAUACCUUUGAAAUCUUUAGAGGGAUAGAUGUUUCCAAAACUCAAAACUACUAUUGAGAGACUGAAACACUGACCAAUGUUAAAAUUCUAUUAUCAUGUGCAAGAAAUAUCAGAAAUCAAAAAUAGUAGCCUCUGGUAAGGCAAGAAGUAAGGAGGCCUGUCACUUUCUAUACUACUGUGUAACUUAUUUUUUUUAAAUAAGUAUGUACAUGUACUUGCUAUGUAUAUUUUUUUAAAAAAAGGAAAAAUAGAAAUUUUUACUAAUUUAAAAUCCAUAGGUAUCUGAUUUCUUGGCUGUGCUAAGGUAAAAUUCGAUAGUACCAAAAUA